AUGAACUCUUCUAUUUUUAUCUUCAUCGCCUUUUUGGCAGCAUUUGCCGAAUUCAAGCCAACUACAACUACAACUGAAGGUAAGCAUAGCUUAGAUCCGCAAUUUUCUUUAUUUUUCUAAUUUUUUCCAAAUCCUAAUUCUGUCAAUUUUUUAGAACCUUUGGACCUUGAACUAUUUCUCGGAGCUAUGGGAGAUGGCCAUUUUGCCAAUAUUCACAGCAAAUUUUUCACUACGCAUUUUCUCAUUGCACAAUUUCACGUGUCGCUACAGUAUUUUCGCAAAAAAAUUUCUUUUUUUGUGUUUUUUUUCACAAAAAAUGUGUUUUUGAAGCCGAAACCGAAGGAAACAUGCUCAAACUACAUUUUUAGAAGUAGUUGAUAAUUUUUCAAGUAGUAAUAGUUUUUGAAUCAAAAGUUCAUUGUCUUUCCUGGGAAAAUCGAGAAAAAUAUGGAGAAACGUCAUUUUGAGCGGAAUUAGAAGAUUUAUAAGCAAUUUUCUGUCUUCCGGACCUCCCUCAACCCUUCUUUGCUCAAUUCUGAUAGUGAAAAAUCAACUUUUCCCUGAAAUUCGGGUUCAAAUCCUCAAAAAACGAGUAAAAACAGGAUUUUAUUAGGCUCCGCCCAGAUGUGUGUGCCGCGUGAAAAACACAUUCUGCAAUGAUUUUUUUAUUUGAGGUCACGUAGAAAAAAAUUUGCUGUGAUAUUGACAUGGACGGAGUUGAAGCCGAUGAAAAUGACAUUCCAAUGAAAAAAGCAAAGGUCGAAAAACUCCCAGGAAUGAAGAAAAUCAGAACAGCUCCAGAAGAAUCCGACAUCGGAAUUGUUCCAACAAUGAGUGUUCCAAAAUCUGAAGAAUCUUCAUCAGAUGUGGAUUAUUUCGGAGAAUCAUCUUCAGUCAGCAAUCCAGCAUCAACAUAUCUUGAAGGAGGCGACUUCGACAAAAUCACCCAACCAAAAUGUCAAAUGCUUGGUUGCACUGGACCAAUUCCAAAUGAUGGUUCAUAUGCAAUUCUUUCUGCAUCAAUCGAUGGAAAAGCUUGCAAUCAAAUGUUUGUUCCAAUGAAUGGAUGUGUUGAUAACAAAGGAUAUCCAAUGGGAAUGUUAUGUUCAAUUUGUUGUGAUUGUGCAAACUCAUUUACAAAUGAAAUGAAGAAAACAUUCGGAUACAAACAAGCCAUCGAAACUUCCUCAUUCGCCAAAUAA